AUGGCGUGGAAUUCGCAUCAUCACGCGGGCGCUCGCGUGCUUAGCCAGGCCCAGCAGGCGCUGCAGGAAAGCCAUAGCAUUACAGAGCUGGUUAUUAAUGUCAACCAGCUCCUUACAGACCUUGAUGCGCACGUCUUUGACCAAGAGUGCGCCGAGCAGCGUGGCCUUGUCUUUACUCUACAAGGGCCUGGCUUUCGUUGUCCUGACCUAGCCCUAGCCGUCGGCGGCCUCGGGCUCUACGGCUGGCGUGCCUAUCACAGCGGCUGCCUCUGA